GCUGGCCCCGACCGGUCCAGGGGCCCGAACGCGACCUUAGACAAGUCUGCCACCCCGGGUCUCCCCUGCUUCGGCCUCCGGUGCAGGGCACGUCCCGUGGCAGUGAAGCCCGAGCGGGGGUGUGGGGGUGGGGAACUGAGGCAAGAACCGCACUUUAAUUCCGCCCCUGCCCCUGGAGGCCGCCCUCGCAGCGGUGGCUACAAACUUUAGCGUCUCAUAAGUUACGGAGGUGUAUGAUGCCCGGUGAGGUUGUGACUGGAAAGAAAGGGGCUGGGUAAAUAACCGAGGUGCGGGUAAGCAGGGCUGGAAGCCCAGAGUGGGAGGCGGCGCACCUCGUUCCCGCGCAGGCCCCUCGGAACCCGGGUCUUUCGCUCCCCUCUGGCACCGAAGUUUAAGGGCCCGGCCCGCUUCCGCGGCGCAAGUGAGCAACUCCAGGAAGUCGGCGCGGGACAGAGGACCCAACCCCUCGCCGGAACCCGGCCAGAGGACCGCUCCCCUGACCCGAGGAGAAACAGAGGCCAGAAGGGGACAGCCUCCCCGAUGUCAGCGGCAGGGGCUGUUUCAGAGCCAGGCUCGGUGGCUGGAACCCUCCAGGAAGAGGGCUCUCCUAGAACAGGAGCAUGAGCCUGGCCCCACACAGGAGCGCUUGGAGCACUUGGUCCCUGCGGCGCUGGAUGCCAUGAGUUGCUAAAAGUGAGCCUGUCUUUUCAGCUGUCUUGGGGCACAGUGUCGGGGGCACAGAGCCAUGUCUGAUCUGCUCCUCCUGGGCCUGAUUGGGGGCCUGACUCUGCUGCUGCUGCUGACACUGCUGGCCUUUGCCGGGUACUCAGGGCUGCUGGCCAGGGUGGCGGUGAGUGCCGGCUCACCUCCCAUCCGCAAUGUCACUGUGGCCUACAAGUUCCACAUGGGGCCCUACAGCGAGACUGGGCGGCUUUUCACCGAGAGCUGCAGUGUCUCCCCCAAGCUCCGCUCCAUCGCCAUCUACUACGACAACCCCCACAUGGUACCCCCUGAGAAGUGCCGCUGUGCAGUGGGCAGCAUUCUGAGUGAGGGUGAGGAGUCUCCCUCCCCUGAGCUAAUCCAGCUCUACCAGAAGUUUGGCUUCAAUGUGUUUUCCUUCCCAGCACCCAGCCAUGUGGUGACAGCCACCUUCCCCUACACCUCCAGCCUGUCCAUCUGGCUGGCUACCCGCCGUGUCCAUCCUGCCCUGGAUGCCUACAUAAAGGAGCGGAAGCUGUGUGCCCACCCUCGGCUGGAGAUCUACCAGCAAGACCAGAUCUAUUUCAUGUGCCCACUGGCACGACAGGGAGACUUCUAUGUGCCUGAGGUGAAGGAGACAGAGCGGAAAAGCCGGGGGCCUGCAGAGGCCAGUGACACCCAGAUGGAUGGCACAGGAGCUGAUACGAUGAGUGACACAAGUUCUGUGAGCCUGGAGGUGGGUCCUGGCAGCCGGGAGACUUCAGCUGCCACACUGUCCCCUGGGGUGAGCAGCCGUGGCUGGGACGACGGUGACACCCGCAGUGAGCACAGCUAUAGUGAGUCAGGCGCCAGUGGCUCAUCCUUUGAGGAGCUGGACCUGGAAGGCGAGGGACCCCUGGGGGAGCCAAGGCUGAGCCCUGAGGCUGAGCCCCUGGGGACUUCCAAGUGGCCACGGGAACCUAGUACUCCCGAGAAGGGUGAGGAGUAACCCUAGGCCCGCAUCCUCCUGGGUUGCAUUUGCUAAGGAACUGAGCAGACUCUCCAGCCCUCUUCCUCCUUCACCUCUCAGGCCCAGGCUGGGGCCAGGGGUCCCAGUGGGGACCUGAUUUCCACUGCCCCAUGCUCUCGCUAAGCCUUUUUACCGCCCUCUCGGCUCCCAGGGCUAAAGGAGCCAAGGACUGUGUUCUGCACCCAGACCCUGGGGCUCCUGCCCCUCUGACGUGUUUUUUCAGAUUCACUUUGGAGCUUCCAGGACUCAGAAUAAAGCAGAUGGUUUUCUCGUUUCCCCUGGA